GGGAGGCGCCUGCACCCCAGCAGCUCGGCCCCGCUGCCCCGAGGCCAGUUCCUAGCCCUGAGGGUCACGGUCGGCCCGACCCAUGGGUCUGUGGGGGCGGCCGGCUUGCAGGGAAACCUGGUGGUGCUGUGGGUGCUGGGGCUGUGCCUGGCGAGCCCCCGGCCCCCUUCCGACGCUUUUGUCUUCAACUUGGCCCUGGCAGGCCUGGCCGCCCUCACUCUCCCCUUCUGGGCACCUGAGUCCGCCCUGGACUUCCGCCGGCGAAGUGCCCUCUGCAAGAUGGCCCCGAAGGCCACUGUCCUCCACGUCUGCGCCAGCGUCCCCCUCACCCCCGGCAUGGUGGCCGUGGCUGCCGGACCAGGCACCCGCCUCUCGCUUUCCUGGCCCUGCACGGCCACCCUGGCGGUGUGGAUGGCGGCCGUCCCGGUGACGGUGCCCACGACUGUUUGGGGGCCGAGGGUGAGGUGUGGGGCACCCGUCUGUCUGCUGCACUGCCACGGCAGGUACUGGCCGGGGGUGCUGGCUUUCGUGGUCCCCGGGUCCCCUGGCUACCACCUGCUGCUGCUGUCGCUGGGCAACGGCAGAGUGGCAGGGGCGUGGCCCACUGUGUCCCUACCCUGGAGGCCUCUUUCUUCCUCUGCCGCUUCCCCAACCACCUGGACACUCUCAUGGAGUGCUGGUGACGUCUGAUCUGGUGCUCUGGGAUAGCAUCUGUCUACGCCAUCCGUACCCCCGUCUUCCCUGUCACCACACGGCAACGGCUGCCUGAACCCCGUGCCGUCCUGAGGCAGGAGCCUGAUGGGCCCUGGAAGAUGCCUUCAGGGAUCUGUGAGCAAGGCUGUGACCCUAGGGCCCGGGCCGGCUGGAACUGGGGGCCCUAAAGACCGCAGGCAGGUGGUCGGUGGAGAGCACUCUGCCAGGAGAGAGGUCCUUCUACCAUGGCCACCAACUUGGACAAAGGGACACCUGGGGGAAGGGUGCUGAACACUCUACCCUCCUUUUCUGGGCUCUGCCAGGGGCAGAACCCUGCACCCUAGGGAGAGCUGGCGUGGGCUGCGGCACCCUCUGGGAGUCUCUGAUCUCUUCUGGGUGUGGUGGAAUGUGGGGUCACGUGGGGGAGCUUAGGUCUUUGCUCACCUGGAGGUAUGGGUAGGACAAGGAGAAGGAGGAAGGUUGAAUAACCUGUAUCAUCCACGACUGUCUGGACGCGUCCACCUCUGGCUCAGUUGCCCCGUUUCUGCCUUUUGUGAGCAUUCUCAGGAAAAUUCCCAAGGGUCCUAGACUAAGGGGUCAGAGGUCAACACACCAGCACCUGUUUCCCUCUGUCUGCCCUCCCCGACACCCCUACCCUCACCCCAAAUAGGGUGUACCCUUGCUCUCUGGUGCCAGAGCCAACAGUGCCCUCCCCCUGGCCAUCUCCACCGUACAGCAUCCCAGUGGUGCCCAGAGAAACCUGGGGCCUGCAGACCUCAGCUGAGAAAGCGGAGUCCUCGGGCAGGGGGAUGCCCUGCGUGAGUCCUGCUGGUCUCUGGCAUCAGCCCAGGCCCAAGUGUAAACACCCUGAGUGUCCAUCCUUAAGCCAGGAUUUGGAGGGAGAAGUGGGGAGAAGGCAAGGAUGUGGGUGGGGCAUAGGGAGGAGAGAGAUGGCGGAGGGAUUGGGAGAAGAGGGGGCUGCAGGUACGCCCAGAGAAAUGGGAGCCAGAGUCAGAGGCUCACGAGGGGGUCCCUCCCUCCUGUCCCAAGUGUGCAGCUCAGAGGAUCAAAGCACCCAGAAUCACAUCCUAGCUCUGACGCUGAGCAGCGGAGGGACCUCGGGAAGUGACUUGUCUCUACUGGUUUUCUCAUCUGUAAAGUGGGGUGGUGAGGAUUCAACGGUACCUGAAGUCGUGUGUUGGCUAUUGUUCUUACACUUCAUGUAAAAUGGAAUCAGAGAGAAGGAAGAGGAGGAAAAGAAGGAACAGGUGGCAGCAGGGAGACAGGGAGCCACGCCCAGAGAUGGCUGGUUUGGGAUAACGUUUACAUGCCCUGGAGUGAAAUGGAAGUUUUACAUGAAGAACUGAGAGAGCUGCCUGGCUGGCUCAGUUGGAAGAGCCCAGGACUCUUGAUCUCAGGGUCGUGAGUUCAAGCUCCGUGGUGAGUAUAGAGCAACAGAAAAAUAGAGAUCGGAAAAAAAAAAAAAAAAAAAAGAACUGAGUGAAGGAUUGGCCCCUGGUUUCCAUAUCCAUGGAGACCCAGCAGUGAUACGGGAGAGCACUCUGGUCUCCCAAGGACCCAGAGCGACAGCAGGACAUUAAGCCAUGUUAACGACAUUUAAUUAGCUGCUUGCUGUUUAGUUUCCUCCUUUUGAUGUUUAAACUGGUUCACGUCUGUCAGGAUAGGAAAUCCUGUUCCCAGUCAAUUCAGGAUGGAAAAUCCUCCCCUCUCGCCACCCCUGCAGCUCCUCUGAUGGCUUUGCUGGGAUAUUGGCUCCCAGGGGGCAUCUGUGCUAACGGGGCCUGGAGGUAAAUACUGAGUUUAUUAUUCUCUUUAGUUUUGGUUUUGUUUUUUUUUUUAGAGAGCAUGCACCUUGCCGAAUUCUUUUUCUUUUAAUGGUUGUUUUUAAGAGAGAGAGAAAGAAUGCGAAUGGAG